AGAACCCUCUCCUCCGUUCCAAUCACCCCCUACCUUUUCACGACCUUCACCCCGGGUCGUGGACCACGCCUCGCCACUCUCGCCCGACAUACUACAAGAAUCCGUCCCCAAGAAGAUUAAAGUUCCCCAGCUCGGACUCUAUGAUGGGAGCUCGGACCCGGACUCCCACAUUGGCCUCUACACCUCAUGGAUGGACCUGCAUGGCGCCACCAACGCUUUGCGUUGCCGCAUGUUCUCAUUAACACUGGGACCCAAGGCACAGAGGUGGUAUCACUCCCUAUACCCCCACUCCAUCUCCACUUGGGGGCAACUCAGGGCAGCGUUCAGAUCACACUUCAUCGGAUCGCAGAUCAACCUCGCCCCCAAGGAGUCAAUCGCCAACAUCGUCCAAGGCGAGGAUGAAAGCUUGAAGGAUUACAUUGCCAGGUUCAACGAUCGAGUCCAAAACAUGGAACAAUGCCAUCCAGAGGCGUUAUUGAUCUCGGCCCAGGCCGGCCUGAAGCCGAAAACUUUGUUCAAGUGGUCCCUUUGCCAGAACAAGCCGACCACCUACCAAGAAUUCCUUGUCCGCGCCCAAAACUACAUAAUGGCCGAGGAGUCCUCAUCCAUCCCGGUGCUCGACAUUGCGCCGAACAAGGGAAAAGCGAAAGACGAAAAGUCGGGAAAAUCGAGCAAGUCGUUCGCAGAAAUCCGGGCCCUGAGGAGGCAGAAGGCGGAGGAGCUCAAGGAGAACUACCAGGGCGUCUUUUCCGUUGGUGCCGCCGCCGUGUAUGAAGAGAUUAAGACCAAAGGGUUGUUGCCGGACCCAAAGCCGAUAUUUACCGACAAGGACAAAGUGGACAAGUCUCGCUACUGUACCUACCACAAGGCACAUGGCCACAACACCGACCAAUGUCGGAAUCUGAUCUCGGCGUUGCUCAAACUGAUCGAGGAUCCAAAUGUUAAGAGGUUCACGCACUCGGGAGACAAAAGGAAAAAGGGAGGCCGCUUCGAGGACGGCCUCGACAGCGAGGAUGACGCCGAUGUGAACCCGCGAAGGAAGAAGCCACAGCAGGGCGGCCCCAACGAGAUCCUAACAUUCUAUCCGGCGCACCAGAGCGAGGCCGGCACCUCGAGGGGCCAAAAGCGAGAUCGGCCCCCUCCAUCGGAGGCCGGCCGGGCCUACACCCCGCCCCGGCGCGUGAACACCAGCCGGGCCAAGUCACUCUCGUCAAAAAGACAGGCCAAGGCUUAUGCCCGACGAGCCUAUCACGCCGGACAAAGAUUGAUGCAUGCCGGGAGCAGGCCGGCACCUGAACCAACCCCUAACAAGAUCUCCUUCACCGACGAAGAUGCUUUCCUCUUUGACCACCCCCACUCCGACGCAUUGCUCCAAAUCGGAAGCCGUUUACCGGAACCACUAAAGACCGAGCUAAUCAAAUUCCUCAGGGAAAACGCGGACGUCUUCGCAUGGACCCACGAAGACAUGGUCGGCAUCGACCCAAAAGUUGCUUGCCACAGACUUCAGGUCGACCCCACGGUCAAACCCGUGGUGCAAAAGCGGAGGAAGCUUGGCCCGGAUCGCCAACAAGCCCUCGAGGAGGAAGUGGUAAAGCUGAAGGACAACGAGUAUAUCCGGGAGGUCCGGUACCCGACCUGGGUCGCCAACCCGGUCCUCGUCAAAAAGAGCAACGGGGCGUGGCGCUUGUGCAUAGAAUUUUCCGAUCUAAACAAGGCAUGUCCCAAAGAUAGCUAUCCCUUGCCCCACAUCGACUACAUGGUGGACGCCACCUCGGGACACGAGUUGAUGAGCUUUAUGGAUGCGUACUCAGGAUACAAUCAAAUACCCAUGCACCCCGACGACGAAGAACACACAUCCUUCUACUCGGCUCGCGGACUUUACUGUUACACCAUGAUGCCGUUUGGGCUGAAAAACGCCGGGGCGACCUACCAACGCCUCGUUAACAAAAUGUUUGCUAGUUUGAUAGGUGUAAGCAUGGAGGUGUACGUAGACGAUAUGUUAGUAAAAUCCGUGUACGCGUCUGACCAUGUCAACGAUCUCAAUAAAAUGUUUUCUAUUUUGCGUGAUUAUUCGAUGAAGCUAAACCCAAAAAAAUGUACGUUCGGGGUCGGAUCCGGGAAAUUCUUGGGUUACAUCGUCAGCCAACGCGGCAUCGACGCAAACCCCGAAAAGAUCCGGGCGAUACAAGACCUCCGACCGCCCACCUCGAUCAAAGGAGUUCAAAGCCUGACCGGCAAACUCGCCGCCCUUAGCCGGUUCAUCUCUAAGUCGACGGAUCGGUGCAAACCCUUCUUCGACGCAAUCAAGAAAAACCACAAGUUUGAGUGGACCCCCGACUGCCAAAGGGCACUGGAAGCCAUCAAAGAAACCCUCGGCCGGGCCCCGACAAUGCAAAAGCCCCGCCCGGGAGAGACACUCUAUCUCUACUUAGGAGUAUCCGAAGUAGCCGUAAGCGCCGCCCUGGUCCGGGAGGAGGACUCCGGUCAGCACCCGAUUUACUACGUGAGCAAGGCACUUCACGAUGCCGAGCUGCGUUACUCACCCAUGGAAAAGCUCGCUUUCGCACUGGUGACCGCCGCCCGAAAGCUGAGACCGUAUUUCUUGGAAUUUUCAAUCGCUGUCCUCACCUCCUACCCCAUUAGACAAAUCCUGCACCGACCAGAUACAUCCGGCCGGAUGGUGAAGUGGGCGGUGGAGUUGGGGCAGUAUGAUAUCCACUACCGACCCCGAACAGCAAUGAAGGGGCAGGUACUCUCGGAUUUCAUAGCGGAAUUCACACCGAGAAUCGAAGAAGCAAAAACGGAGGAGCCAUGGGUGAU